UCCAAUUAGGGUUUACUCAACUAGACUCCAAUACACUCUAGAGAGAGAAGAUGGAGAAUCCAAAAUUAGGCCAUCUCUUGAUAAUUUCCUUCAUGUUGAUGAUCACCGUUGCGGCCGCGGCCCCAACGUGGUCCCACUCGAUCUGCCGUGGAAAGAAGCAAAUAACAACGUUUCAUUUCUACGUGCACGACGUACGAGGGGGCCCAAACGCCACCUUGUACCCGGUCGCCAGUGCUCCCAUCACGGCAGAUUCUCCGACGAGAUUCGGCCAAAUCAAUGUGUUCGACGACCUUGUCACAGCCGAGCCGGACAUCAGCUCCCCGGAGGUCGCGAGAGUGCAAGGAACCACCACCUCCGCGGACCUCCGGGUGCGGGCGGUGUCCAUGAACAUGAACUUUUUCAUAACGGCAGGUGAGUUCAAAGGAAGCACCAUCAGCGUCGUUGGCCGGAACGCAGUGUCCGAUGCCGAACGGGAGCUGCCGGUGGUUGGCGGAACAAAGGCUUUCCGGAACGCUCGUGGAUAUGCAAUUACCAAGUCUUACUCAAAUGAUGUUGCAACAAAUUAUAGUGUCAUUGAAUACACUAUUUAUGUGACUUCUACUAAACUCUGAUUCUUUUAACUUGGUGCAUGUAUGUCAUUUUAUUUUGUUAUCUUAUUUGUGAUUUAUAUAAUUGAUUGUAUGAUUUUUGUUUUUAAAUUUGUUGAAGGAAUUGUUCAUAUAGAGGCUCGUAGUCAACGUCUUUAUUCCCAAGUUGUGACAUUUGUGCUUUUGCAGAA